CCGAGUGAGCAGCUGAAAGUCAGCUUUAUUUCAAAUUUAAAUGUAAUCUGAUUUAUUCAGUAUUUACAGUCAGGCUCUGUUAUUGACUGAAAACUCCGACAGACUCAGACAUUUAGAACAAACUAAGAGUCGGAUCAGCACAAAUACUGACACAGAGAUGGCUGCUGGCACUGCACUGCUCUGCUCCUCUUUGCUGUUUGUCCAUGUCUUCGUCUCUGCAGAGCCUAAGAUCAUUACAGCAAAGUCUGGACAGGACGUCACUCUGACAUGUCGAGCUCCAAAUAUCAGCAUCACAGGUGUAAAGUGGAGCAGAAAUCACCUGGAGCCAGAAAAUAUCUUUUUGUACCAGGAUGGUCGCUUUGAUCCAGACAACCAGCAUCCAUUUUUUAAGAACCGGGUGGAUCUGCAGGACAGACAGAUGAAGGAUGGAGACGUGUCUUUGAUUCUGAAGGAUGUGACGAUUAUUGACACUGGAACAUACAUGUGUGGUGUCUUCACAGAAGGAGCAGAUUUAUUGAACCUCAUCACCAUGAUCGACCUGAGUGUUGAUCCUGCAGUUGAGAAAACCAUCACAGCUGAGUUUAGACAGAAGAGUGUCACUCUGACAUGUCGAGCUCCAAACAACAAGAAGAUCACUGGUGUAAAGUGGAUCACAGAUGACCUGAAAUCAGUUCUUUUGUACCAGGAUGGUUACUUUGAUCCAUCCAACCAGCCUCCAUCUUUUAAGAACCGAGUGAAUCUGCGGGACAAACUGAUGAAGGAUGGAGACGUGUCUUUGAUUCUGAAAGAUGUGAUCACUGAUGACACUGGAAGAUAUGUGUGUGCUGUCUUCAUGGAAGAAACAAGCUCAUGGAAGUUCAUCAGCAGCAUCUACCUAAGGGUUUCUCCAGUGGCUGACCGUAUGGAGGACUCAGGCGCAGACACUGGACAAGGCAUGAAACUGAGUUUUGAACGAAAAGCGAGCCUUUAUUUCAGCUGA